UUUGCAGAUGAACCAACCAGGAAGCACCGCAGAGUCCGACCGUGAAGAUGUUUACAUUCAGCUUGACUCUGAUCCGACAUGGGAAACUCAGUACAACAGAGACAAGCUGCUGCAAGGACAAGGCGUGGACACCCCCCUGUCGGAGACGGGGGUGCGGCAGGCGGAGGUGGUCGGGCAGUACCUCACACAGCUCAGGUUCAACAACGUGUUUGUCAGUGACCUGCAGCGCGCCUGUCAGACUGCUGAAAUAAUUCUGAGAAACAACACUCAUGCCUCUGGCACGGAGAUGGUUUUGGACCCGUUACUCAGAGAGAGGGGUUUUGGGAUCGCUGAAGGACGGCCCAAAGAGGAUCUGAAGAACAUGGCCAACGCUGCCGGCCAGUCGUGUCGGGACUACACCCCUCCAGGAGGAGAGACGUUAGACCAGGUGAGGCUGCGGUUCAGAAAGUUCCUCAAAGUCCUUUUCCAGCGAAUGUUAGAGGACCACGGCUGUGCGGGACAGAGUGCCGCCGUGGGGGGAACAGAAGCCGGGGCUGAUGGGAAUGGGGCUGCGGCUGCAGGUACUUCCCCUGACGACGGCCUCCAGGGGGUGUCGGUCCACGCCCUGGUCGUGAGCCACGGCGCCUACAUCCGUGUAGCCAUCAGGCACCUGGUGGAGGAUUUGGGCUGCUCUCUGCCUGAGGGGGUGAAGAUGUCCCAGCUGUUUUCGCCCUGUCCCAACACCGGCAUCAGCCGCUUCAUUCUCACCCUGAGCCAGGCCGAGUCGGGGCCGGUCCUCUCUGCCGCUCACUGUGUUUUUACCAACAGAAAGGACCAUCUGGACAGCCUUAAAGCUGCUCAACAGUGUGACUGAAGGGGACAAGCUUAAGGAAGGCAAGUGUGCAAUGUGUGUGUAUUUGAAAACUGACUUACUGGUUUGUGAACUCCGAAAGCCUCAAAUUUACCACAGACCAACCCUGAGAGUCACUGAACACCAACAGCGUGCAGCAGCACCACGAACAGGAUAAAUUAUUUGUUUUCCACAUUUGGUAGGUUAGAUAUGUCUCUGUGGACUGUUACUCCAAACCAUAACUACUGAACGCACAGUACUGUAUGACGAGAGGAAGUCAGCGUCUUCCCUUCAGCCGGCCAAUCAGAACUCAUGUAUCACUACAAUCGAGCAGUGCUCGGAGUGGCACUGUUUGUUUUUUUUUAGCAAGAGUUUAUAAUAUUUUUAAUUUUGUUGCAUCUUUUAUCACAUCAUACCAAAGUCUGAAAGUCAUGGCAUUUUGAAGUUGAUGUGUUUCCAGUGUUCGGAUUGUGCUGCUGCUCAUGUUUUACUUGAUAUAAACAAUACAACAUGGCAACUAAA